AGAUCCUAGAACAUUAGAACCCUAUUAUUAUAAAGACACUGAUAGCUUAAGAUUGAAAAGAUAAAAUGGUUAAACAUUGCUAAACCUGCAUGGGUAGUAGUGUGGUGUGGACAUUUGAAAUUUCAAGUCGAAGUUGACAACUUUCUUCUUGCUUUUGAUCAUUUUAAGUAUGAAGGCCUAUGUAAUAGCUGAAGACACUCAUAUAGUUUACUACUGGUGUGAUGAAGCAUUUGUAACACAUCUUAAAUCUUUGCGUAAUAUUCAAGACCAUGAUCAGCAAAGCGAGUCCAGUUUUGAUUCUUACAUCCAAAUGUACUUCUUGCCCGUUUUUCUUUCGCAUCAAAUGCUUAAAAGUCAACUGAACGAAGCUUGCUCAAGUGUUUCAUCUGAUGACCAAGAUACCGUCGUUGUUUUCCAGGAUUUUCAGGAGUUUGUUUACAUUGCUGUAGAGACCAGCUGCAGUGGUGGGAAAGAAAAACUAAGUCGGGAAUUAAGUUUUUUGAGAAACUCGAUUAGUUUUUUGUUUGGUGCAUGUGGUCACUCUGAAUUGAAAACCACACAAGUGACUACAAAGGAAAGGGCAUGGCAUAGUGUUACUACCAUUCUCCAGCAAUACACUUCUCUAUGUGAGUUGGAAAACUCAUUCUUACUUGAAGGAGUUGAACGUAUUCGUGUGAACGAAGACGUCAACAAAGUUUGCAACACUGUCAUACAAAAGUCGAUGAAGUCGUUUGAAAGUUUGUCCAAUCUCCACAAUGUACAAUACGGACUUGUGUUUGUAGGGGCAAAGAUACUAACACUACAUGCCAGCUCAAGAGCUCGUUACAAUUUAUCAACGCAGAACAUUUUACAAAUCAUCACCCUUUCUUCUUUGGGUAGUGGCCAAACCGACAGCGAGCAUGAGGUAAAGAAUGAGGUGAGGAGUGAUUCAGAGCUCGAAAGCUCCGAGAUACCGAGCGACAUCGGAUUGGAUCUCCCGUUCAUCCCAUCUACUGAUGAUGAGGAAGAUGUGUUUCCUCCACAAGAGCCAAAAGAUUUGACCUCUGAUGCGGGGCCUCUCUCUUCAACUGGAAGCCAAUCCCAAAACGAAACUGAGCUAGGUAGUUCAGUGAGGAGUCAAUAUUCUGAAGACAGUCAAGUCACCAGUGUGUCUAACAACAGCAUUAGAAUGGUCAAUAAUCACUUUGAUGCGCAUGGGAAAGAAAAUGCUUCGUUUAAUAUUAAAAACACUUGCAUCCCUGUUUAUCUGACAACACCCGAGCACCCCUGUCUUCCCCACCUGCUUUACUGUAUCCCAAUAUCAGACCAAGUUAAUCUGGUGUUUAUAUUUAAGGUUCCCCACAGUGAAGUAUCAGACAUGGUAUGCGGAAUGUUGGAUUUGUUACGAAAAUUAAAAUUCAGCGACCGAAAACUUGAAGUAAUCGGAGGCCAAACCACCGUCAACAAUUUGGAGAAAUGCAGCAAGUUGCUCGUGCAAAAAACAAGGGAACUGAAGGGAAAAUCCAGGUCAAGGUUGAAAAGAUUGACGUCAUCAUGGAAUUCUAACGGACAACGUAACUUAAACAUGUUUGUAAAUACUGGGAAUGGUGAAUACACAAAGUUAUUGGAAACUUGUGUUAGAGAUACGAAGGAACAACUGCGACGUUUCUUUCAAUCACUUUUCCCGUCUUAUUUAACAUCAGAUGCCACACAAUGGCACACCGCUGAUCUAUGCAAGAUAUAUAAGUUUGCUAAAGCUAAGCUUACUGAUUACACAGAGUACCUGCACGUGAAAUGCACGCGAAACAUCACCAUGUCACCUUAUUUGGCUACUUAUCCGGGGUUGGUUCAUUUCUCGUUGGUAUUAAGAACUCGUGAACAAACUGGUUCAACUUCAUACGUGGGGUCAUUGUUUCAGGAUGAAUUAUUCUCCCCCUCAAUAGUAGAAGUUGCAACAAAUGAAGCAAACGAUAACCUUUAUAUGGAACUUAGGCAACAGUUCAAAGAAGGAAUUUAUAAAUCUGAGGCAAAUUUAUCGGACCACGGCACUUUAUGUACACAACUGGAAGCUGGUGACUUUAUGUUCACCUCCAGGAUUUGCUUUUCAAAUAUUAACCGUCACAAAUCAACUUUCAAAGUUUCGAUUGAUUCCGAUCUAUUGACUGGUGCAUAUCAACCUUGUAGUGUGUUUUCCGGCCCUUUCUACAAGAACUUUUUAUCCAAAGUUUUGGACCCGGUCCCCACCUCGUUCACAGUCUACCACCUAGUGACCGUACAUUUCUCUCUGGUUCCUAAGGACGUGGUUGCUAAGCAACGGGAACAACUCUUCCAUGAUGUAAUCGAAGGCUUGAAUUCGGGAAUUGAAAAAUAGUGAGUUUUUCUGAAAUCACUAUUUUUCACUUAAAAUCCCCUUUUUUUGCAAUACCAUAAAAAUCACUUCUUUUUUUGUAUUUCACUAAAAAAAAUGUUUUUGUAUUUUGUCAAAAAUCAGUUUUAUUCUAUAAGAUGUAAUUUACCCCAACACCCCUUACCACACUGUAAAUCCUGUAUUACCAUUGUGCAAUAUAUUUGUUUUAACAUUUAGAGGCACACCAACAAAAAGCAAAAAAAAAGUUUUUUUUUAACUUUGGUGGAUCACAUUUUAGCAUUCCUAUUUAUAUAUGAAAUUUAAUUUUUUCGUUGGCCUGUCCUUUUUAAUGUUUUUAUUACAUGAUUUUUUAGCUUGCUUAUUCUUAUAUAUCAUAUACCCAUAUUAUAAUAUUUCAUACUUACUGUGUUAAUUUCUAUACAUGAUACCAAAGUGCAAUUAUGUAUUAGUGCAAUAUAUCGUCAUCUUUCUCUUU